GCCUUGGGCUUUUGUCUCUGAUGGCGGUGGAUUGUGUUCUGAUGUGGCAGAGCUGUUCUUUGCCAUGUGAUGGCCUUGCUGUGUUGUUCGCUGGAUCCUUGAGAGGACUGUAUGCAAGGAAGAAGCAAGCAUGUAAGCGAGAAAGAAUGGAAAGAAGGAAGAGAUGGUAUGGGAGAUGACCAGCAUCACCGCCGUUAUCUCUGCAUGCCGAAUGGAGGUGAGGAGCUCGGCAUCCUGGGUGCUCCAAGGCGCUGUGCAAGGCUUGAUGAAAGGUGGAGGAAGAGGAGUGGGAGCUCAUGCCUUAGGGCAUGUCCGUGCUGCAUGGGGUGAGGGUGACGUAGUCAUCUAGAAAAGAUGUUGGUGAAGGAGCCAAGGAAGAGACAAAGAGAGGACAGGGACGAGAAGGUGGAAGAAGAGCAGGAAGGAAGGAAAAAUGUAGAGAAAGUGAAGGAAACGAGAACGAAGCAAGCAACAGAGAGAAAGAAGAUAAAGGAUGAUAAGAUGGAUGAGUUUACUAGCAUGCCCGAUCGCUCUGGAUUGCUAUACACAGAAAGGCGGGGAGGGACAUAAAGGGAGAGAUAACGAAAGGAGGAAAGAGCGGAAGAGAGGAAGUGAGUAAGGAAGGAAGAAAGAUGACAAAGACGGGAAUGAUGAAGAAACCUUAAAGCAGAUGACCAGGGCGCGCCGAUGUUACCUUGCAGGAGUAUCGCAGAAGGAAGGUGAGAGAGGAGGAAGAAAACUAUGGGAGUAAAAAGCAAGGAAGAAGGGAAGGGCUGAUGAGAAGAUGUCCAGGACGGGACGACAUCACCUGUAGACGCUGAACGGCUUCGGUCCCUAACAGCCUCCGCCUUGGUUAGUGUCCCUCUCUCCGGCACCGGUGGCCGGUAAUUAGCGCUGAUGGCCCGCAAUUAGCGCGGACGGCCCCGGCAUUGAGGGCCACCGCCGCGGCGGUGAGGGGACUGGCGAUGUGCCAGCGUGGGGUAAAGGAGGGAGCAUGGUGGAAAAAGAAGGGAAAGGGGCGUAAAGGAAAGGGCACGGAAGGCAAGAACGAAAAGGAUAAGGGAGAGAAGGAGGAGGCGGAAGAGGCGGAAGGAGAAAAGAGCAGAAAGAGAAGAAAGGAACGAGGCAAGAGAAGGGAAGAAAAGGAAUUGUGGGAAGAAAGAAGGGGACCGUACGAAAUGAAACGUCAGAAGGAGGAGGAAGAGGAGGAAGGCAGGCAUGCAAGCCAAAGGCAGGCAGUGAGGAGACGGACAGCAAGAGGAAGAGGCGGGGGGAGCAGCCGAGCGAGCGGGGAGGUGGCCGGCGCGGGUCCGCGGUCGCUGUCGGGGAGCAUGCGAGGCGGCGGAGCAGCACACGGUGUCGCUGCAGGCUCAGGAACGGCGGCGGAGCGGCGCGUCGGCUCCGCCCCGGUGCGGCGGAGAGCCCGGCUGUGAGCGCGGGGGGGGGCGGCGCGGCGCGGUGCGGUCAGCAGAGCCGGCGCGUCCGGGCGGCGGCGGGGAGCCGUGCGGGGCCCGUGCGGGAAGGGCGGCGGGUGCGAUGGGCGUGUGGUGGGCGCCCGCGGUGCGGGUGCUGGUGCUGCAGGCGGCCUGGGCGCUGGGCGGCGGGCAGGUGCGCUACUCGGUGCCGGAGGAAGCCAAGGCCGGGACGGUGGUGGGCCGCCUGGCGCAGGACCUGGGCCUGGAGGCGGGCGAGGCGGAGGCGCGGCGGCUGCGGCUGGUGGCGCAGGGCCGGCGGGCGAGCGUGGAGGUGAGCGGGGCGAGCGGGGCGCUGGUGGUGAGCUCGCGGCUGGACCGGGAGGAGCUGUGCGGGAAGAGCGCGCCGUGCGCCCUGCGCCUGGAGGUGCUGGUGGAGCGGCCGCUGCGCGUCUUCCACGUGGAGCUGGAGGUCACCGACAUCAACGACAACGCCCCGCUCUUCCCCGCCGCCCGCAAAAACCUCAGUUUAUCGGAGAACUCCCCCGCCGGGUCCCGGUUCCCGCUGGAGGGCGCGUCGGAUGCAGAUAUCGGAGCCAACGCGCAGCUCUCCUAUGCGCUCAGCCCCAACGAGCAUUUCGCUCUGGAUUUGCAUCGCAGUGAAGAGUACCGAGAAUCUCUGUUCCUGGUUCUUGCGAAACCGCUGGACCGCGAGUCGGUGGCUGUGCACCGUCUGGUGCUGACGGCGAGUGACGGGGGCCGGCCGCCGCUGACGGGCACGGUGGAGCUGGUUAUCUCGGUACUGGACGCCAACGACAACGCGCCCCAGUUCAACCAGUCGGUGUAUAAAGCGCAGCUGCCGGAGAGCGCUACCGAGGGGACGCUGGUGGCGCGGGUGAACGCCACGGAUCCGGACGAGGGAAGCAACAGGGAAAUGACUUUUACAUCAAACAAUAUUUUUCCCCUAAAGGGGUUAAAUUUUUUUAUUUUAAAUCCAAAGUCGGGUGAGAUCCGUCUGACGGGCGCCCUGGACUUUGAAGACGUCCGUUCAUACGAGAUCCAGGUUGAAGCAACAGACAAAGGGACGCCGCCGCUCUCGGGUCACUGCAAGGUGGUGGUGGAGGUGCUGGACGUGAACGAUAACGCGCCGGAGGUGUGGGUGACGUCGCUGUCGGUGCCGGUGCCGGAGGACGCGGCGGUGGGGACGGUGGUGGCGCUGCUGAGCGUGUCGGACCGGGACUCGGGGGCGAACGGUCGCGUGCGGUGCGCGGUGUGGCCGGCGUCGCCGUUCGGGCUGGUGGCGACGUUCGCGGGCUCGUACUCGCUGGUGCUGCGGGAGGCGCUGGACCGCGAGCGGGUGGCGGAGUACGAGGUGGAGGUGCGGGCGGAGGACGGCGGGGCGCCGCCGCUGCGCGCCAGCCGCGGGGUGCGCGUGCCGGUGUCGGACGUGAACGACAACGCGCCGGCGUUCGCGCAGGCCGUGUACACGGUGCUGGCGCGGGAGAACAACGCGGCGGGCGCGGAGCUGGCGCGGCUGUGGGCGCGGGACCCGGACGAGGCGGGCAACGGGCGCGUGAGCUACUCGGUGGCGGAGGGCGGCGGCGGCGCGGUGUCGGGCGGGGUGUGGCGGUCGGCGUCGAGCUACGUGUCGGUGGACGCGGAGAGCGGUCGGCUGUGGGCGCUGCAGCCGCUGGACUACGAGGAGCUGCAGGUGCUGCAGUUCGAGGUGCGGGCGGUGGACGCGGGGGAGCCGCCGCUGUGCGGCAACGCGACGGUGCAGCUCUUCGUGGUGGACGAGAACGACAACGCGCCGGCGCUGCUGCCUCCUGCCGGCGGCGGGCCGGGCCCCGGGGCCGCGGGCGAGGCGGCGUCGGGGCCGGGCUCGGGGGCGCUGUGGGCGUGGGCGGCGUGGGGGGCGCCGGCGGGGCAGGUGGUGGCGAAGAUCCGCGCGGUGGACGCGGACUCGGGCUACAACGCGUGGCUGCGCUACGAGCUGUGGGAGCCGCGGGGGAAGGGCCCGUUCCGCGUGGGGCUGUACAGCGGCGAGGUGAGCACGGCGCGGGCGCUGGAGGAGGCGGACGGCCCGCGGCAGCGGCUGGUCGUCGUGGUGCGGGACCACGGGGAGCCGGCGCGCUCGGUCACGGCCACGCUGAGCGUGUCGCUGGUGGAGGGCGCCGAGGCGGCGCUGGCGGCCGCGGGCUCGUCGGGGCCGGGGCCGGGGCUGCGUGCGGCCGCGGGCGCGGAGGGCGGCGCGGCGGCGGCGGCGGCGGCGUCGACGAACGUGUGGCUGGUGGUGGCCAUCUGCGCGGUGUCGAGCCUGUUCCUGCUGGCCGUGGUGCUGUACGGGGCGUCGCGGUGGGCGCCGCGGGCGGCCGUGCUGUCGGGGCCCGGGCCGGCGACGCUGGUGUGCGCCAGCGAGGUGGGGAGCUGGUCGUACUCGCAGCGCCAGAGCCGGAGCCUGUGCGUGACGGACGGCGCGGGCAAGAGCGACCUGAUGGUUUUCAGCCCCAACUUCCCGCCGCCGCCCGGCCCCGCGGCGAAGGAGACGCAGCCGCAGCCGCCCGCUCUGCUGGACACGGUCAGUGCCCCCCCCUUCCCCGCCCCUUCCCGCGACGCCCCUGCCCCUCUGUCGCCCUUGUUGCCCGCCCCCCCUGGCCGGCGGUGGCGGUGGCCGUGCUCAGCCCCCGGUGCCCGAGGGUGGUGGUCGCUGGGCAGGUGCUGGAGGCUCCUGACGGGACCGUUGCACCUGCCUUUGCGUCCUUGCCGGAGCCCCUUGACUCUUGGGGUACGGGAGGAAUGA